AUUGACCAAAAAUCAGUUAUUCAUAAAUAGAUGAAGAAUCAUAAUCUUAAUUCUUAAUCCCAAUCCCUCUAACUUGGCAAGAGUUCAAGAAUCUUUGUAGAGUACUGUAGUGCAAAAUAUGGAAGUACUUGAGGCCAAGGAUCUUCUUGAAGCUCAAUCUCACGUAUGGAACCAAAUCUUUAUCUUCACAAAAUCCAUGGCUCUCAAAUGUGCAGUUCAACUCGGCAUACCCGACGCCAUCGACCGUCAUGGCCCCAACCCCAUGCCCCUUUCUCGACUUGUUUCCGCCCUCGAACUCCCUCUCGAAAAGACUCCUUACAUAUAUCGCUUAAUGCGUGUAUUAGUCCACUCUGGCUUCUUCCUAACACAAAAAUUGAGUGAACAAAAUGAUGAAGAUCAAGAAGAAGAAGAAGAAGAAGAUCAUGGAUAUGUGUUGACCAAUUCAUCUCGUCUUCUUGUUAAAACCAACCCCUUGACUCUAGCUCCUUUCUUGUUUUCUACUCUCACACCACCUCUAUUGGAUUCGUGGAGCUCCCUCCCAGCUUGGUUGCAAAGUGAGGAUCAAACGCCACCGUUUGAAAGCGCUCACGGAGUGUCGUUUUGGGAGUACAUGGGGAGUAAUAAGUCGUCGGAGGGUGCUGCUGUUUUCGAUGCAUCAUUGGCAAGUGAUGCAAAGUUUGUGGUUAGUGUUUUGAUGGAGAAAUGUAAAGGUGUGUUUGAUGGAGUUGGAUCGUUGGUAGAUGUUGGUGGUGGGACUGGAAAUGUGACCAAAUGCAUUGCUCAAGCUUUUCCUGAAAUGGAAUGUACUGUGUUUGAUCUUCCAAAAGUUGUGGCUGAUUUGAAAGCGGAAGGGAACUUGAAAUUUGUUGGAGGGGAUAUGUUUAAAUCUAUUCCUCCUGCUGAUGCACUUCUAUUGAAGUGGGUACUACAUGACUGGAGCGAUGAAGAAUGUGUGAAGAUUUUGAAGAAAUGCAAAGAAGCAAUCAAUAGGAAUGAGAAGAAAGGAAAAGUAAUGGUAAUUGAUAUGGUGGUGGGCAAUAACAAAACAGAUGCUUCCAUUGAAACUCAACUGUUCUUUGAUAUGAUGGUGAUGCUAAUGGUUGGUGGAAAAGAGAGAGAUGAAAAAGAAUGGGCUCAUCUUAUUAUAGAAGCUGGAUUUAGUGGCUAUAACAUAUUUCCAAUUUUGGGUUUAAGGUCUCUUAUUGAAAUUUAUCCUUAAACAAUUAAUUACAUGUCUAAGCUCAGAUCAAAUUUAUUAUUAUUAUGGUUAAAUAAGAGCUAUAUUUAGAGUUAAUUGUGUUGUAGUGUGAAAAUUGAAAACAUUUUCGAUGUAAGGAAAGAGAUGAUAUUUAAAGUAUGUCACAGUUUGUCAACAUAUUGUUACGUGGUUUUUAUUAGAUAUUAAGUACUUUGUAAUUUUUAUUUGAUA